UCAGACAUUUAAAGAAGAAUUGGUCGAAAUUCGAAGUGGUUAAUUAUGGCCUCCGACAAGGAAAAUUUCGGCCUCAGCGGACCGUCGUUUCUCACCGCUAUUGAUUGGAACAAUUCAAACCAUAGAAGAUCAAUUGCAGCGAGCUUAGUCCAGGGCGUUUACGUAAUUGAAUGCGAUCGUCAGCAGAAACGUCAGCCGCCUCAAGCCCUAGCUCCGCCGUGGUGGGAGUUUUUCAACUUCAAAAUCAACCGAGUACUCGUCGACGAUCACGACCAGUCCUAUUUCGGCGCCGUUUUCGAAUUCGUUUUCCCGUACCCCUAUCAGAACUACGCCGGCCAACGGCCGCCGCAGUACGUCAUCGCCUUCAGAGGGACGGUCAACAAGUCAAACAACCGGGCCGAAGAUCUGAAGCUGAAUCUCAACCUCAUGAUCAACAACCUCCAGGAGAGCCGCCGCUUCCAGAUCGGGACGGAGUCCGCAACCGCCGUCAUCAACUCCACCGCCCCCGGAAACGUCUGGCUCGCCGGACACUCGGUCGGAUCGUCGAUCGCGCUGCUCAUCGGGCGGCGCGUGGCGAAGACCACCGGAUUCCACCUCGAGACCUACCUGUUCAACCCACCCUUCACCGCUCCCCCGAUCGAGAAAAUUAAGAACGAGAAGGUGAAAUUAGGGCUGAGAUUGGCGGGUAGUGUGGUCACCGCCGGUCUGGCGAUGGCGGCCCAUACCCGGCCCAAAGGUCAGGAAAUCGACCCGUUCACCGUGCUCGCGGCGUGGGUACCCUACCUGUUUGUGAGUCAAUCGGACGCGGUCUCGUCGGAAUACAUUGGGUAUUUCGAGCACAGGGAGAAAAUGGAGUCAAUUGGAGCUGGGAAAAUCGGGAAACUUGCAACGAAGCAUUCAAUCGGGAGCAUUGUGUCGUCCGUUCGGGGAAAAGAUUCCGAGGCGGCGCAUUUGAUUCCGUCCGCUUAUCUGAGUAUUAAUUGCAGCACCACUCAGAAUUUCAAGGAAGCUCAUGGGAUUCAUCAAUGGUGGAAGCAGGAUUUGGAGUUGAGGUACAAACUUUACCAAUACAAGUGUUGAAUCAAAUUUGUUGCUAUUAAUUCUCUGAAAAAUUAAAUUGUGUGGCGUUGAAGAAAUAGUUGACUUUAUUAUUACAACUUUGACUUAUAUAGAUGCAAUAUAUUAUUCAAAUUAA